AUGCAAAUCACCAACAACUCACAGUCUUCACUUUCUUUCCCCAUGGCUGUUCACAAAGUUUCAAGUGUGGUGUUCUUGGUGUUAUUAGGUUUGGGCAUUAGUGUGGCGACUAGAGCUCUCUUCACUGUUGAAGAGUACUCUCAUGGUGGUUUAGCAGGAGGUGGUGGUGGUGGAGGUGGUACCGGCGAUGGAGGAGGUGGUGGUUAUGGUGCAGGAGGGGAUCAUGGGGCUGGAUACGGAGGUGGAACAGGGAAAGGUGGUGGUGCAGGGUAUGGUGGUGGAGCAGCCGGAGGUGGAGGUGGAGGCGGUGGAACUGGAGGAGGUGGAGGAGGAGGAGGAGCAGAAGGUGGAGGUUAUGGUGGAGGAGUAGGAGGGGGGAGCGGUGGUGGAUAUGGUGGUGUAGGGCAUGGUGGUGGAGAAGCUGGAGGUGGAGGUGGUGGUGGUAGUGGUAGUGGCAGUGGAGGGGGUGGAGGUGGAGCGCAUGGCGGUGGUUAUGGUGCAGGUGCAGGAGAAGGAGCAGGGGGAGGAGGUGGAAUCGGUGGUGGAUAUGAUGGUGGUGUAGGUGCUGGUGGUGGAGGUGGACAUGGUGGUGGUGGUGGUGGUGGCAUUGGAGGAGGAGAUGGAGCACAUGGUGGUGGUUAUGGUGCAGGAGAAGGAGCAGGAGGAGGAGGUGGUGGUGGAUAUGCUGGUGGUGCUGGGGCUGGUGGCGGGCAUGGUGGUGGUGGCGGAAGAGGUGCUGGCAUUGGAGGAGGAGAUGGAGCACAUGGUGGUGGUUAUGGUGCAGGAGAAGGAGCAGGAGGAGGAGGUGGUGGUGGUAUCGAUGGUGGUGUUGGUGGUGGAGGUGGACAUGGUGGUGGUGGCGGAGGAGGUGCUGGCAUUGGAGGAGGAGAUGGAGCACAUGGUGGUGGUUAUGGAGAAGGAGCAGGAGGUGGGAUUGGUGGUGGUGCGGGUGUUGGUGGUGGUGGUGGAGGUGGACAUGGUGGUGGUGGCGGAGGAGGUGUUGGCAUUGGAGGAGCAGGAGGAAGCGGAUAUGGUAGUGGAGGCGGAACUGGAGGGGGUGCUGGAGGAUCAUAUGGUGGAUACAGUGGAGGAGGUGGAGGUGGUUCAGGAGAAGGAGGUGGAGGUGGUGGUGGUGGUGCGGGAGGUGAGCACGGGGCUGGAUAUGGAGGUGGCAGUGGGAGUGGUGAAGGUGGUGGUCAUGGUGGCUACAUCCCUUGAGAAACUCGUUCAACGUCCACAUUAAUUAAAAUGGGCAAUUGAUUACAUUUCCUUAUAUAUAUAUAUGACUUAUAAUAAUGAUAAUAAGAGAAAAUCCAUAAGAUUUUUGGCAAACUGCCUGCAUCCAUCAAUUUGUAAUCUUAAUUAAUUGUGUUGUUUAAUAGAGAAUUUUAUUACGUGUCUUC